CUUCUCCUCCUCCUCCUCCACCUCCUCCUCCUCCUCCACCUCCUCCUCUCUGUUGCUCUCCGCAUCACCCACGGAUGGCGGGUCCGAUGUCUGUUGUCCUCCUCGUCCUCCUCUUCAUUACUCCUCUCUCCUCCCAGCAACAGGAGUUUCCGUCCGUCGAAGUGCCGCAGGCCUCGCCGGCUCCAAGCGCCGAUAGCAUGAACGUCAGCGUCGGCCAUGACAGCAGCGCCGACGCCGCAAGUCCACCGCCCGUUCCGAAGCGCAGGUACCGCGGAAAGAAUGGGCGGAAGAACAUGGUGCGGGAGUUCCUGCAUGCGCAUAACCAGGUGCGGGCCUUGGCCGGCGAGAAGCCGUUCGAGUGGGACGACAAUCUGGCACGGUACGCGCAGCGCUGGUCGGAGAAGCGGCGGUCCGACUGCGCCAUCGUGCACUCGAUGGGGCCCUACGGCGAGAACAUGUUCUGGGGGUCGGGGUGGGACUGGAGGGUGGCGGACGCGGUGGGGAACUGGGCCAGGGAGCACAUGUACUAUAACCCGAGCGACAACUCGUGCAUGUCGGGGAAGAUGUGCGGCCACUUCACGCAGAUCGUGUGGAACAGCUCCGAGGCGGUGGGUUGCGCCCGGGUUGAGUGCUUCUCCGGCGGCGUGAUCAUCACCUGCAACUACGAUCCCCCGGGCAACUGGGUCGGCGAGAGCCCCUUCGGAAGCUUGGAAUGAAUGAAAGCUGCGGAGGCUCCUUUACAUGGCAACUACUGUAUAGCUAUCUAUAUUUAUUAUAUGCUGUUCAUAUAUAUCAAGCCAAGGUGGAAUGAAUAUGAUGGAAUUGUUGUGGCCGUUUGAUCCUUAAA